ACUCCUGGUUCCUAAUCUUCCUUGUGAGCCGAGCUCUAGCCUGCAGGAAGGAUGGUGACGUCACUUCCGCAGGGUUAAACCGGGGAAAGUUGUUUCCUGAACAUCUUGCAGUUGUGGACGUGUAUUUUCAUUUUUAAUGAAUUUUCAGCUGAACUCGCAGCAUUAACAGGCGACAGGAUUUUAAAAUGCACGGAGACAGAUAAUAAUGCUGAAACGGACAGGAAGUGUUACAGAGUUUUAGAGCAUGGAGGUGACGAGCAAAGAGGACAGUAAGUCUGUUGCGUUGCCUGAUGAUGAAGUGAAUAUACAGCUCCAGCUGCUCGAGUGUCGAGCACAAUUAGAGCACUGGCAGGGAGUGGCGAAGAUCUGUGAGCUGAGCAAACAGGAGGAGCUACAGGACCUGCAGAGACAGUGUGACCAGGAGAUACAGUCUCUUCAUGAGGCUAUACGAGAAACAGCCUCACAGUAUGAAGCCAGAAUAUCUGCUCUACAAUCAGAGCGCUCCCAGUGGAGGAGAGCAGGGUUCACUCCAGAAAACAGGGACAGUGUAAAGAAAGGAAGGAUAGAGAGCAGCUCUCCACCUAGUGACAGGCUGAAGAACGAGUGUGCUGCAGGAGACGGUGACUCUCAGGAGCUGCUGGCCGAGCCCUCUGAUGCUGAGAGUACAGGGCUCCAUAUGGAGGGUUUCUACACACAGCAGGGUGACUCCUCCUCUCUGUCCUGCUUCUCUUUGGACACCCCAUCUCUGCCCCGGCGCAUGCCCCCUCAGGAUGACACUGCUUCCCUGGUCUCGACAGGAACUCUUGUGCCUGAAGCUAUCUACCUGCCCCCACCAGGACACCAUCUGGUCACACACGCAGACUGGGACGGACUCCAUGCACAAGUGGCAGAACUUCAGGAGGAAUUAACUCACUUGAAGGAGCAGAAGGCAGAACUUGAGAAGGAGCUGGACAUUCAGACAACAGAAACCAAGAAACAGGUGGCAGUACUCCAGUCCCAGGCGCAGACUUCUGAGACUCUCCUCCAAGAGCUGCAGAAAUCUUUCAGCCAAUCACAGAGCACUGUACAGAGCAGACUGAAAGAGCUGUCUCUGUCUCAGAGGAGAGUAUGUAGUGAGCUGUCCAGGUUGAAAGGGGGAGAGAUGGAAGAAAGCACAGCUGGAGAUGAACACUCGGAGCUAUUUACUCUACAGGGAGCACACACAGAAGAGAGGCUACGUAUUGAAAUUGUGAACUUGAGGGAGCAGCUGGAGAUGCGAACAGAAGAGAGUGAGGUCCUGGAGGUCCAGCUCUCCAGCCUUAAAACAGAGACCGACCGCAUUCAGAGCGAUAAAGAAAAGUUGGACGGUGAGCUACAGGAAUGUCGCACUGAGCUACAAGGCCUCCGGGUGGCCCUAUCACACCUCCAGAGGGACAUCAAGACCCAAAGCCAUGACAAGACAGUGCUGCAUGAUCAGUAUUUAGAGCUGCGCAGUCAGGUGAUCAGUCUGCGCAGUCAGUUGGAUACCAGCCAGGCUGUGCAGAGAGACUUUGUGCAGCUUUCACAGUCACUACAGGUGAAGAUGGAGCAGAUUCGUCAGGCAGAAUCUUUGGAUCAAGUCAGGCGUGUCCUUGGAGAACCACUUGAAGAAGAAAGUGACCAGCUCAGCAGUGCCACAUGAGCCAGUUGGACAUUAUCAAGCUUUCUCUGGACCAAAGUGAAAAUGAUCUCUUUAUGUUAUGUCCACAGAAAUGAACCAGGAUCACGCUCAGACUCCCAAACUACCAAUUAUUAUUAACUGUGGUAAAUUUAGGAAACCAGCUUAUUUUACUGUUUCAGUGGAUGUUGUUUUCUCAUACAGCUAACUAACUGAAACAUUUUACGAUAUACGUCGGUUGAAGUUCAGCGAAUUAGAGCUAACAGAUGAUGAACUUAACAAGUCUGUCACUGUGUCCACUAACCAGAUAUCAACUUGAUUAUAAUAACUGUAGAUUAAAGUAGAGGGUGAGUAUCACUUGGCCAGUAUCCAUAAUGACUCCUGCUAAACCUUUCAUGCACAUACUCUUACAUAUAUUAUAUACAUUUCUUUAUUUUCAUUUCUGUCACCAGCCAAAAUAUCAGAAAAUGACCAGAAAUCUUCCUAAAAAUGGCACACUUUUUCAUACUAUUCGAUGCAAAAAAAGAGCAAUAAUGAAAAUAUGAAGGAAGUUAUUGUUUAACAGUGUGCUGUAGUUGAAACCAUAAAUCUGAUAAAACUUAGUGUUGUACAUUGGAGCAGCAUUAAUGAUGAAGGUUAACAUGGGUAUUUUACUGUAUAAAACUGCCCAAAGUUAGAUGCAAAUGACCUCCUCAGGCAUGUUCUAUUGCAGGGAACAAUAAUAUCUUUAUAUAUGAACUUUCUAGACUGUGACCUGAUAUGAUCUUAUGACUCCAUGUAAAGUAAAUUAACACUAGGCUUAAUCUGGGUCUCGGACCCCAGUUUUAUGAGUGCAUGUACCAUGGUAAUAUUUAUCUUCUUGUCUGCCAUGAUGGGCUUCAUACAUCAUACAACUGUAAAUUAACAUUUGGCUUCACAGUGAGCAUUUUCUGUUUGGUUUUGUGUUCUACUUGGACAUGUUUUAUUAAAAACACCCUUAUGCCCAAAAUAGAA